AUGGCGUCGAGAUUUAAUAAUCAGCGCGACUCGCGCAAUGCCUUGUUCUCGAACUAUGACCCGAGCGGAUCGAAAUCGGGAUCCGCAUCGACGACUCCUCAACGGUCAUCGACACGAACUGCUGCAUAUUCGACAUAUCAAGGAGGGGGCAGCUCGCCGUACUCAUAUGGGAUAGGGAACGAUUCGGCAUCAGACAUCGGAGCGCGUGGGCCGCCGAACGGAGGUUUCAGCGCAUAUCCUGCGGGCAAUGCAGAUGGAUUCGGGGGCAAGAGCAAGGAUGGUGGCUUCCGUGCGGCCACGCCGAACGGCAAAGGCCAAUAUAGCAGCGCGAUGCUGGAUGAGCUAGAAAGUCAAAAUGACGAUCAAGCGAGUGAGAUGAGCAAAAAAAUCAAGAUGUUGAAAGGCCUGACGAUUGCCAUUGGCGAUGAGAUUCGCGACAGCACUGCUUUUGCCGAGAAGAUGAACGACACGUUUGAAGGGACCAGAAAUCGAUUGCGCGGCACAAUGAACCGGAUGCUGCGGAUGGCGGAGAGAACUGGCGUCGGUUGGAGAGUUUGGCUCGGAUUCUUCGUCUUCGUCUUUCUCCUGUUCACUUACGUUUGGCUCUUCUGA